AUGGACAUCAAUUCCCUGCUUUCGCCGGACUCGAAUCCUCAAUCCGCAAACUCGACGCCCGUGCCCGGUCCUAAUUCAAAUAAUGCACCGGCCCCAUCUGCAGGGCCGUCCCCCCACAAAGCUAUUGAACGGACCCGUUCUGGCACCACCCGCAAAGGCAAAGGCAAGACUUCCUCGCCUCUCGCACAGCAUGUUUACGCCUCGAGUGGAUUGCCAGAAGCUUCACCCUCGGCUCCGAGCCCGUCGGUAGGCCCGAAUUCGGGCGGCGGAAAUGGAACGCCGCCGGCGACCGACCUCCCUCCCUCGAGACAACCCUCCACCCCCGGUAUGGAUACACUGGCGGACCUUGCUUCAAUGCAACAUCACCAGCCGCAACGCCCGAAUGCUGCUAGUAUGCUGCGGAGCACCGAGUCCUAUGAGAGCCAGCUCUCUCCAUCUACCAUCCACCCUCACGUGAACCCCAUCAACCAUAACACCCCAACACCCCGGACCUCGUUUGAUCUGGCCAUGUCGGAAGGCCCGCGGGAGAGUGCGCGACGAAAUUAUGCCGCGACGUCGCUUGUCCCAGAUGCCCAGCAAUUAGCGAACGCGCUGUUCAAUCAAAUCCAAGAGAACCCUCAUUCGUACGAUUCGCAUGUGCAAUUCAUUGGAUUGCUGCAUGCGGGCUUUGUGAACCAUGUGUACCCACCCAACAACCCCGACAUCCAUGGCGACCCCCGAAGAUACGACCUUCUCAAGGACUUGAGGACGGCUCGCGAGGAGAUGGACAAGCUGUUCGCUAUGGGUGAAGAUCUGUGGGCAGAAUGGAUCCAGGAUGAAAGCAUGCUUGCCCAUUCGGUCGAUGAGCGAAUUGCUGUGAUGGAACUGUGCCAGCGCUCGGUUGAGGAGGAGUUUGGCAGCACGAAACUCUGGCACAUAUACGGCGAAUGGGUGCUCUAUCUCUACAACGCGGCGGCUGGUGAAGGCGGGGCGGGUCGGUGGACCGAGGAGGAUCGGCUGGUCGGUCGUGAAGUGUUCAGUUGGCAGUCGGUCCUCGACGUGUGGCAGCGGGGUGCCGAAGCGACGCGUUGGAGAAUCAAUAACAGCCACUUGGUUUGGGACCGCUUGCUGGAGCUUUACGCCCAGGAGGUUUCCCGCGCACCUUCGCAGGAAAAGGUCAAUCAUCUGCGAGGCCUAUAUGAUAUCCGGCUACAGACACCUCACGCGACCUGGGAUCAAACCUUCCAGACAUUUUCCGGUUUCAUCUCGACAUACUACAAUGCGAAUUACGAGGAUAUCAUGUCUGAGACGGUCGCUCGAGCUUCUGAACCCAAGGGCCGCUACGCCGCGCGAGAGGAAUUCGAGAUUCGGCUAACCAAGGCGCAAGAAUCCAGUGAUCGAACUGUGGAAUGGAAAAUCUACUCCGAAUACAUCGACUGGGAAGUUAGUCGGAAUCGCCGAAAGCGCGAAUUCCACUUCGAUAUGGUCAAUGGGGUCUACCAGCGAGCAGUUCUCCGCUUUCCUACUGACGUUUCUUUAUGGGAGGAUUAUGUGAUGUUCUUGAUUGGCGAAUCUCUGCACGGCCAUGCCUCCACCACGACUAUCUCAACGCUGGAUCGGGCGACGCGCCAUUGCCCUUGGUCCAGCAAUCUCUGGUCCCAAUAUCUUCUGAGCUCAGAAAGGGAAGGCCUGUCUUUCUCGAAAAUAUCGGGCAUCAAACACAAGGCCACUAGCACAGGACUGUUGGAUGCUGGUGGCCUGGAAGAGGUAUUGAAAGUUCACACCACUUGGUGUAGUUACCUGCGCCGACGUGCCUUCCUCUCGGAAGCGAUCGAUGAGGACCUGGAUGUGGCAGAAGUUGGCAUUCGUUCGGCAAUCGAGAGCGUGCAAGAGUUGGGCGAGAAGAAAUACGGCCGCUCGUACCAGGGAGAUCCCCUUUUCCGCCUUGAGCGCAUUUACAUCCGUUAUCUCAGUGAAAGUGGCAGCUGGGACAGUGCACGGGAGACCUUCAAAGGCCUUGUGCCGCGCUGUGGUAACAGCUAUGAAUUUUGGCUGACGUACUACGGAUGGGAGCUCAUCUCUUGGAGCAAGUUCGUUCAAGGCGAGGCCACUGUCGAUGCGGCGAGGCGCACUCCCACGCCGAGCUAUGCCACCGCGGUGUUAAAACAGGCGAUCAAACGGACGGAUCUCGAUUGGCCCGAAAAGAUCGUCCAGGUCUACAUUUCCCAUUGCGAGGAUUAUGAAGACUCGGACGAGCUCCAAAUGGCCGUCAUCGAGACCCGAAAGGCCAUGAGAGCUGUCACUGUCCGGAGAGAAAAGGAGGCGCGAGAAGCCGCAGCGCUACAGCAAGAACAACAACAGCAGUGGGAAGCUGCGGCUGAGUCUGCUCCAACCACCGAAAAAAGAAAACGCGAAGAUGAAACAGACAUCAAUGGGACAGAAGCCGAACCUGUGGCUCUCCGACGGGAUCGCGAGAAUGCGACGGUGGUGGUGAAAAACCUCCCGCAUCACACCUCAGAGCACCAGACUCGUCAGUUCUUCCGCCAUUGUGGCACCAUCAACGGCGUGAAAAUGAUCACUGGCCAGGACGGAAACUCUGAAGUUGCCAUACUCGAGUUCGAAACGAGGGAAGAAGCUCUCGGGGCUUUGACCCGCGACCAGAAGCUCUUCGACCAGAACACGAUCCAGUAUGGCGACAUUGUUGAUAUUCGUCUGCCGUCCCUCAAGUACCAAACCAGUCGGCGCUUCUGCUAUGUCCAGUUUGCUACUUCCACUGCGGCACAUCAGGCUACAGAAUUAGAUGGAACCGAGACUGAAAAUGGGUUCAAGCUUGUUGCAAAGAUUUCCGACCCAUCGCACAAGAAAACGCGCAGCAACCCCAUGCAAGAAGGGCGUGAGAUCUAUCUUAAGAACGUUGACUGGAGUGCGAAAGAAAAGGAUCUCAAAUCUGCUUUUGCACAAUUCGGGUCUAUUGAAGCGGUUCAUAUUCCGCGGAAGGUUGACGGCAGCAGCAAGGGAUUUGCCUUCGUUGCCUUCUCUUCCAAGGAAGAAGCUGAUGCUGCACUCGCAAUGGAUGGCCAGAAGCUCGGGUCGCGCCUCCUUCACGUGGAGCACAGUUCUUACAUGGGCGCCAAACGUACUAGUACUACCAUCAUCUCACACGUGGCCCGAUCGAAUUCACCCGCGUCGCAGGUUAACGGGGCCAGCGCGGAGGAUUUGGAAGUACCGGUCGGCGAAGUCCGUGACCGGACAGUGGCCUUGAUGAAUGUCCCCGAUACCGUCAACGAUGCGCGGAUCCGCGCUCUCGUCGAACCCCUCGGGCGAUUGAUAAAGAUCGUUCUGCGCCCAGACCAUCAAGGUGCUAUUGUCGAAUUUGCCGACGUCCACGAUGCGGGCAAGGCGUCUCUGGCACUCGAGGGCAAGGAGAUCAUCCCAGGGCGGUCGCUCCACGUCGGCACAGUCGCGGAGAUGAUGAAACUGCAUGCCGAGCAAAAGACGGAGCGGGUCACUUCGAUCAAGCAAGAAAAGCCCCCUCACACCAGUCUUCAGCCAUCUGGCCCCAUUCGGCGACCUCAGCAGCCCGGCGCUCGUGGAGGUCGGAGAGCUGGACUCGGCGUGAAACGGACGGCUGCGGCCCCGCGCCCCGCGCAGGCCCCGGCUUCAACUGGUGCGCCUGACAAAAUGGAUACCACGGCCGAUCACGGUGACAAUGGGAACCCCAAAAAGAGCAACGAUGAUUUCCGCGCGAUGAUCCAAAAGAAUCGCUCGGAGUAA